UCCUGGGGACCCCAGCAGCAAGCAGGCACUGGGGACAUACAGGAUUUGUCCCUGCCACCCCACUACCACCGGGCAGCUGAAGAGCUGUACCCAGAGCCCCGUGCUGGCAGAAGGCUGUUCAGGGGUCACGCACGGCCCGGCUCCGGCGCUGAGUCCUUCGCUCCCAGCCUGCGCACAGUGUCACUCCAACUCUCCGAUCUGAGUGGGAUGAAGCUACUGGCCUGUGGCACCUUGCUGGUCGCGCUCGCUACGGCACUGGAGCACCCCGACCCCGCACUGGACUGGCACUGGCAGCUCUGGAAGAAAACCCAUGGCAAAGAGUAUCGCCACCAGAAAGAAGAAGGGAAGCGGCGCGUGACGUGGGAGAGCAACCUGCGCCUGGUGACGCUGCACAACCUGGAGCACUCGCUGGGGCUGCGCUCCUACCAGCUGGGCAUGAACCACCUGGCAGACAUGACCAGUGAGGAAGUGGCAGCUUUGCUCACGGGGCUGAAAGUUCCCCACGAGCAAAACCGGAUCUCUACGUACCGGCCGUCUGGCAUCAAAGUCCCGGACGCCGUGGACUGGCGGGAGAAGGGCUGCGUCACGGCCGUGAAGAACCAGGGCGCCUGCGGGGCGUGCUGGGCCUUCAGCGCCGUGGGAGCCCUGGAAGCCCAGGUGAAGCUGAAGACAGGCAAGCUGGUGUCCCUGAGCGCCCAAAACCUCGUGGACUGCUCUGUGAUGUAUGGGAACAAAGGCUGCAGCGGAGGUUUUAUGACCAGAGCUUUUCAGUACAUCAUAGACAACCAAGGAAUCGACUCGGAUGAUUCCUACCCGUACACGGCGGAGAAUGGGACAUGCCAAUAUAAUGUUUCCACACGAGCUGCCACAUGCUCCAAGUAUGUUGAGCUCCCCUACGGCAACGAGGCAGCCCUGAAGGAUGCUGUAGCCAAUAUUGGACCAGUAUCUGUCGCCAUAGAUGCAACCCAGCCUACGUUCUUCUUGUACAGGUCAGGUGUGUACGAUGACCCACUGUGCACCCAGGAGGUGAAUCAUGCAGUAGUUGUGAUCGGUUAUGGCACUCUCGAUGGGAAGGAUUACUGGCUCGUGAAAAACAGCUGGGGCGUGCGCUUUGGAGAAGAUGGCUAUAUCCGCAUGUCAAGAAACCAUGCAAAUCACUGUGGGAUCGCCAGCUACGGCUCUUAUCCACUGAUAUAGAAGGAGUUCUUGCUUCAGGGGGGACUUUUGAGACUUCGGUUAAACUACUGAUGUUUUGCUUGGAUGAAUCUACUGACUUCAAGAAUUAUUUUCUGUCUCUAUGGGCAAAGUCCUCCUGUCAGAGCGGUCUGUGCUACGGGCAGCGAGGGAAGCUUUGUGUGGAUCUGACAGGAGGAUCCUGGAAUAUGAUUUACAGGCAUUUACUACCUGCUCUUUUUUUUUUUUUUUUUGGGGGGGGGGUCUUUUCCCAAGUAAAACUGCAAUACUUGCAAAUUAUAAUGGACAUCAUGUUUUCCUCUCUCCCAUUCAGCAUUUAGUACUGCCACCAUGAGACAGAUUUCACUGUGUCCCUGUGCAACAAAUGUAGCUGAAAUUGCAGACUUUCUUUGAAAAAUUAAAGAUCAGUAUCAUUGUCUAAA